AUGGAAGACAGAAAGUUGUUUAUUCGAGCAAAAAAGAAACGAAAGAGAACUGUUAUUACACCGGAUGAAGUAGACAUUUUAGAAACUUCUUUUAGAUCCGACCCGAGGCCCGACCGAUAUUCCAAGAUCAAACUUGCAAAGGAAAUGGGUAAAUCGGAGAACUUUAUAUCAAUUUGGUUCCAAAAUCGGAGAGCUCGUGAGAGACGGUUGAUGCAGCCACAGGCUCAGACAGCCACAUGUACAGACGGAGGCGGGGCCGGAGGGGCGACCACAGGAUCGCUCAUGAUGGAUCAGCUGGAGCCCCUCGAUCUCUCGGAGAAAAGUCCCCGGACAGACACUACACAUAAAUCAAAGCCGAGCGCAAUCAACAAAUUCCCGUUGUUCGGAAGAAUCAUACGCAUGGCGGCUGCGGCGGAGGGCGAUAUCCUUGCGCCAGACAGCCCGCAUCUAGAAGAGGCGAUGACGGACGCCUGUCGGGGGAUCACACUCACGGACGGCCGUCUCCUCUACGGGAAGGACUCAGGAUUCCAGAUCGAGGACUUGUAGACAGCUUCCGAGUGCCACAGUCGAAGCGUGUUUGAAUAAUAUAUGCUUAACAGAAUUCGAAUAUCUGUAUGCUAGGACGCUUUAUGUGACGAACUGUGUUCAGUCAGUUAUCGACAAUGAUUCAGAUUCAGGUUCUUGGCUGUAUGAACACAGACAAUCAUUCAAAAUCAUGAUUUAAUUAUCAAUAAAAAAUGAAAGUGGUAGCGAGAGUUAUAGUAAGAAAUGUAGAUAAUCUUAGUAUUAUUGUUAUUUUCAGAUAUGUUCA